AGAAAAAAAAUACUAGAUGAAAGCCAAAAUAUUUGGAAAAUUAAAAAUAAAAUGAAGCGCAAGAAAGAGCAAAACAUUGUAAUGGUAGGAGUUGAAUAAAACACUUUUUCACCUCCUGUUUAUUGCUUUUCUUGAAAUAUAUAAACGUCUUAGCGCAUCAACAUGGGUUGGUUUACAGAAUGUAAAAUAUCAAAGUGGCCCCUGCAUCCCUUGUUUUGUUUUGGGGUUUUUUUUGGUAUGUGGCCCUCGCUGGGGAAAAAGUGUGGACACGCCAUUCUCAAAUGAAGCUGGAGGCCAGCACCUUUCACGGAGGCGUUGCUGAGCAAUGAAUUAGCAAUGAAUUAGUUCUAGACAUAAAUCGUGAAAGACGCUUGGGUGUUUCUGUUCUAACGGCUUGUAGAGAUUGGGCUGGCAGCCGUUGACGAUUGAAGAUGGAGACGGUUCGCAGGAGACGGUCUUUGAGAACGCAGUGGGGACUCAUUUUCUACUUCUGUUUGAGUCUGCUUCUGUGACGGUUUACACAUAAAACAUGAUCAAACCAGUAUGACUAAUUUCAUUUAUUUAUAAGUCCAUUUGCAGCCAACAGUUAAUGUGCUUCAAUUACACCAGCUGCUUAUUUCCUUCUCUCUCGCUCUGUCUCUGUUAUUUCUGAAUAAAACCUUUGAACUGAAGUUGUAAUAACCUGCUUUUGCAGAUUAUCCAUCCACUUUCACAAUAUUGUGGUUUAUGGCCUGCAUAACUGUAAACACUGUAAACUUUAUGAACAUGAAUGAAUGAGCAUCCUGUAGCGCAAAGCACUGCUGUGCCUACAAUGUGAGCCUCACCAGUGUUUCCCAUACAUUCAUUUAACACAUUUGGCGCUACCUGUUUUCCCUCGCUCAUAAACACGUUACCACGCGCCAUGGCCGCCACAGAAUGAGAAGACCGAGCAUCCAUCCAUCCAUUUUCUAUGCCGCUUCUCCUCAUUAGGGUCGCGGGGGUAUGCUGGAGCCUAUCCCAGCUGAGCAUAUACCACAUAUUAAAAAACAACUAGCGGCAAAUCUAGUGGAGAGACUUUUCUUUACAUCUCUCGCAAUCAUUUCCUUGGUCUACCUGUUGGAUGUCUGUUGCUUUGUACACCAGUGGUUUACUUCUUUUCUGAUUCAAUUGUAAAUCCCAGGAAAUAAAAACUAAAAACGGUGUCAUAUUAAUAUUUUCAUGCCAAUCCAAAACGUUUGUAGUCUACAGCAAAAAUGAAUCACUUGGCCUCGCUCUUCCAAUGCUUCUGGAGGGCACUGUGGGUGCUCCCUAGAAAACAAAACAUCGUCCCAUUGCAGUCUUACUCCAAGUUUAGACACACAAUUCUUAGAUCCCCCCCCAAAAAUAACACUUUCUGGUUGACAUUUUCAAGAAAAAGCAACCAAUGAGCAGCGAUUAAUUUCGCUCACCGUGAUCACACAUCGCGGGCGCCAUUUUUGGAACAUCGUUUGUUUAUAUUAGAGUUGCAGAGAGCUACACGACAUAACAAAAACAUGGACAAAAGAGAAAUGGACUGUACCGAGACAAGGGUGCAAGACCUCUGAAUAUUAUGGCUGAAAGAAACUAAAAGAAAAGAAAUCUACUCCGGUUCCCGCGUAACAGUCUAUCAACGAGGGUGACACUCUGUGUUUCUGCCUGUCUCAUUUUACAUCCAUAACACUCAUUUCUGGUUCCAACAACAAACCAGAAGCAUUCAGACUUACGGAAGCAUGUUUGCGGCAGCCGGAGUCAAACAUAGUGUAGCGUCCAAUGUGCAGGGCGUCUAGAGUCACCCACAAGAACUCAGAAACUUGUGCACUUUGGAGAGGACGUUCCGGCUCCAUUUAUUCAAUACAACAUGCGUUACCACGUAACAACGACAGUCGCCUCUUCAUGAUGUCAUCCCUGCGCCCCACUCUCCAGGCAUGCCUAAUCAACUUACGCUAAAUCAAACUGUUACAAUAGCACAUGUCACCAAACACCUUAUAAGGCCACCUCGCAGGCGCACAUCCGCGAUGUCACUGCCACCCCCAGUUGUUUUGGUUUCCAUUUUCUAUGUUAAACAGCAGGGUAUGUUGGUAUGAACCAGUGUUUGGUUCUAGGAUGUUAAUAUUUACUUUGGUAUAUUUUUUACAUUUUUGCUUAAGUUGUGGCUGCAGCAGAAUAAUGUGUUUAUUUUGUGUUAUUUUGCUAAGUGAUGGUUUUGUGGGGAGUUUUGUUCAACAACACUAGGUAAAAGUGAUGUUAAAUGUUCAGUCGUCCAUUCAUUUGUCAUUUGUAAUUAUUUCUGUAUCAUUUUCUGCAUGUACAACUAUAAUUAUUGUCUAUAAAAUGUGUUUUGCUGCAAUUGGCUGGCGACCAGUCCAGGGUGUAUCCCACCUCUCGCCCGAAGUCAGCUGGGAUAGGCUCCAGCAUACCCGCGAACCUAGUGAGGAUAAGCGGCAUAGAAUAUUGAUGGAUGGAUGGAUGGAAAAUGUGUUUUGUGUUCACAUUUUUGAGUGUCUGGAACGGAUUUAUUGGAUUUACAUUAUUUUCUAUGGGAAAAUUAGCUUUGGUCCGUUUUGGUUUGAGUCGGACCUUGUGGAACGGAUUAAUGACAUUAACUAACUACAUUAGCACGUUUUAAUGUAUGUUUAAAUGACAUCUCAGGUUCUUGUGUUUGUUGUGGGGAGAUUAGCUUUCACCACACAAUCUGUACUUUCUGCUACGUAUGAAUGAUUUUUAAUUGCUGGAUUACAUGUCAGUGACUUCUAAAGUGUUGUAUGUGGAUUUUCCAGAGCCAUUUUACUAAAUAAAGCAUCAUUGAAGAUGUUGGUUGUGAACGUUCUUUCUCACAUAAAUUUUACGCAAUGUACCGACCUGUUAUUGUUAUUGUUAUAUUGUUGUUGUUAUCUUAUCUCUGACAAACGAAAUAUGCACGUAUGAUUUUCAGUCUAUUUUCAUUCAUUUGUGAAUGAAAAUUGUGCUGUUGAAAUUUGGCCCUGCCGCUGUUUGCUACCUUUCUACACACCAGGAAGCGUCAGUCAUGUCACAUAUUAAGUGUCUUCUUUGAGAACAUUAUGACAUUAAACAGGUAGGUUUUAUUGUCUCCAUAUACUUUAAAAAUAUGAUUUAUUUCAGCUUUUUUAACUAUGGUGUUGGCACCCCUCCCCCCUUUUUCCCCUCCCCUGGUACAAGUCUUCAAGUUCUUAUGUUGUAAAGUGUGCUUAUUUGUGUCUAUGUCUAUGUUGUUGAGUUUUUUUGCCUGUCCCACACUGUACACGCCCAAAAGGAGCAUAGCUUGGAAUUGUUGUUUGUUUUUCCCCCUCCCCUUCCCUCUUGUUCUUCCCUUUCCUCUCCCCCUUUUAUCGGCCAGUCAUCCUGUCCUGUCUACCCCCCGUCGUAUUGUAUGGUAUGUUGUAUAUGUAUGUGAUUGCACAACUUCGCUUAAGUGACAAGUAAAGGCCAUUGGAUGUAAUUUGUCUCCUUAUUGGUGUAAACAUUGCCCUCUCCUCCUGGCUUUGUCUUAUUCGCUUGUGGAUUGAAUUUUGUUAGCAGUGGCCCGUGUCACUCCACGUAGACUGGCGUUUAGUAACUGAAACAAGGUACCUUUCGAUUUUAGUCGGUGUCCAGUCGUACCCACGGAAUCCGGUCGGUGCCUAUAAACGUGCCAGUACCCAUCCCUAGCGGUUACGCAGUAUUGGGAUUUUGUCUGUAAGAUGAGUUUGUUUUGGUCAGAUUCAGAGCGAGGUUGUUUCAGAUGAGAGGAUAUCAUUCACACAGCCAGCAAAGCAAUAAGUCACCUCUUCGCCCUCACCCACAAAACGCUCUGUCUUUCUGCUUCAUGGUGCAGUCAGAGCAGAGUGGCCGCAGGGCAGGAUUGUCCUGUCAGCAGCGCACUGAAUGCCUGAUUCAGCUGCUGGUGUCACUGCAGUCGUAUCCAGGAUGGAUGUGUGGCCGUGUCGCUGCUGCACGCCACUGAGUUCUGUGGCCAUUUGCUCCCCGGUUCCAGCCGCUUGAGCCCAAAAGUGUCCAUCGUGACUUUCAGUUGAAAACGAGGUAUUAUUGCUUCAUGUCAUGUAAAAAAAAAAAAAAAAAGCGAUCACUGACGUGUUGUGUUAACCCAUUUGUUCAUCAGAGAUUUGUUUGUUCCUUCUAACAGCCAAUCGCCCUAUCCUAGGUAGGGUCAUGGGAAGCGAGAUCCCUUUUCAAGAUGACUUAGGAAGAAGGGAAAGAAUUUCCCUCAUUUUAUCUUACCUUGUAUAGCAGUAUAGAUGUACUAUCCACUGAAAAUCACAGCCAUUAUUGUCAAAAUAAAUACCUGGGUACCUUCUAGUGAGUCAAUCAUACCCCUUUUCCAUUGCAGCAAGCUUUGGUGCUGGUGCAGCAUUAGUUCAGAGCUGGAGUUGAACAAGUGUCAACAGGCUCUACACCAGAUUCAUGGAAAAUUGGAAAAUUCCAUGCCCAAGAGGAUUAAGGCGGUGAUAGAAACAAUGGCGGUCAUACAAUUUGGGCACAUUCACACUCACUUCUGUUGCCGGCUGGUUCUCAACUGAUGCCUCGGGACCCAAAAGUGGGUUGUGGGUCUUUGCCUGGGAAAAAAAUAAAGAAAUAAUGUAAUGACCCAAUCUGUAUUUGCUUGCUACUCCAUGUUUCUGGGCGAAUUUGUCAAGCUUGAGUGGUGGAGGAAGGACAUCCACAGGUGACCGACACACAGCUACAGAUAUCUGCUGGAGAAGAGCGCGGCAUAAAGAGACUGAGUCUCAAUGCUGCAGAUGUGUGUUGAAAACAGUCCUUUAAAAUAUAAGAUGUCUGAAAAGUUUGAGGUGAAAAAUUCCUGCAAUUUGUCAGUGAGGGUUGAUGGUGGGUCCUGCCGCCAAACCAGUUGAGAAACGCUGAUUUAGACAGCUGUGUGUGUGUGUGAGUGUGGACAGUAAAUCUAUACUUCUUUUUUAAGCUGCAGCGACUACACUUAGUUUAAUUAUGUUAUAUUGUCCCUUGAGAAGAAUAAAAUGGACGCUGAAAUGUGAUGCACUCACUUUUGUGAGACGCAGUCCUUGCUGUGAUGCAGCAUCGCUAAACAUUAUGCAACGGUGCAUCAAACUGUGUCACAUGAUGACAGACGAGUGCAUACUUGCAUAAGUUACAUUUUUGGUCGAGACUUCUUGAUAAAGAAUACGGUUAGGUGUUGCAUGAGAAAGUCUGGAGUGACAGAAAAGCGUGUUAGACUAGAGCAGAAGGACAGUUGUGACAAUGAGCCGCUUCUUGUUUGUCAUGAUGAUGGACAGACUGACAGAUGAGGUCAGGCAGGAAUCUCGCUGGAGUAUAAUAUUUGCAGAUGGCGUUGUGGUCUGCCUUGUGUUUACCUUCUCAGACUGAUGUUUGCAUGCAAAUAUACAGAGUGAACGAACAUACUAUGUAUCGAGGGUGUCACAAGAUUAAAAACGUGGCGAGAUUUCUGGUUCAGAAAGAAACUGUCUCACUCUGUGUAUUGGUUCAUCACCGAGACCAGGGGUGUCCAAAGUGUGGUCGGUGGCUGUUUUUUUAUUGGCCCGCAGCACAUUCUAAAAAUAUAAUUUAGCAAGAACACAAAAAAAAAACAACAAAAAAACCCAUUGAAAACUCUGCAGUCAUUUCACAAGAAUAAAGUCAAAAUAUUAAGAGAAAAAAAGUUGUAAUCUAGCGAGAAAAGGUCGUAAUUUUACAAGAAUGUAGCUGUAAUAUUAAAAGGAAAAAUAACGUUAUUUUAGUUGCAUAAAGUUGAAAUAUUAAAGAAUAAACUGUUUUUUUUUAAGUCGUAAUAUUAUCGGAAACAAACAAAACAACAAAGUUGCAAUUUUUGGAAAAUUAGGUUGCGUAAAAAAUUAUAAUGUUACUGAAGUCAAAAUAUUGUAGGAUAGAAGUCAUAACUAUGGGAGGAAAAUCUGCAAGAAGAACGUUGAAAUAGUUGGAAAAUUUGAACCAAAACAACAGCAGAAAUACAACAAACAGCUGUCAUUUUACGAGAAUAAAGUCAAAAUAUUAGGAGAAAAAAGCAGUAUUCUAACAAGAAAAAAAAGGACACAUUUUUACAAGAAAACAUUUGUAAUAUUAUGAGGAAAAAUAAUGUUGUUUAGUAUCAUAAAAGUGAAAUAUUAAAGAAAAAAUGCAUUUUUUUUUAAAAGUUGUAAUAUCAUGGGAAUUGUAAUUUGUGGAACAUUAGGUUGGGGAUAAAGUUGUAAUAUUAUGGGAAUAAAGUCAAAAUACUAUGAAACUUAAGUCAUAAUAUUACAAAAAGAAAAUUUACAAAGAUUAUUUAAGAAGAAAGUUGAAAUAUUAGAAAAAUGUAAAAGAAUCAACUGCAAAAAUGGGGGAAAAAGAGCAAGUAGUGAUUAUGGCUUUUUCACCUGUGUCACAGAGCUGACAUGCAGUUUUCUUGAAAUAUAUAUUUAACCUCUUAACAUAUCUACGAUCUAUGAUGUGUUGCUUUACAAAAUAUCAAAGUGGCAAAAACUGCAUCCUUUCUUUUUUCACUAUGUGGCCUUCGGUGGAAAAGGUGUGGACAUCCCUGACCUAGACUCUUCAUAGAACAAGCAAGCACCGUCAUACAGUCGCUUUGUCUCUGAGGCAUACACACACAGUAACCAAAUGGAGCUUCGUGAGGAGCAAUACAAGGUUCUUCUCUCUGGGCUUAUUGGUGUGGUUUCAUGGAAGCGGCCGCUCUCACUGGUGAUUACAUUCUUCAUGUUGUUGUCGGCAGUUUGUGUGAUGCUCAACCUGGCAGGCUCCAUCCUUUCCUGCCAGAACGCUCAGCUGGUCAACUCGCUGGAGGAAUGUCAGCUGCUCAAGUUUGACAGCGACGGAGUGUGCGUGUGCUGCGAGCUACAGCAGCAGAGCUCGAGCUGCAACAACCUUGGAGAGACACUGAAGCUUAACCCACUGAGGGACUGCAAUACCAUACGCUUACGUCUCAAGGAGCUGCUGUUCAGCGUGUGUGCCCUUAACGUCAUCUCCACCAUAGUUUGUGCCCUAGCGACGGCCAUGUGCUGCAUGCAAAUUGUCUCCACCGAUGUGCUGCAGAUGUUUAUGCCACACCGAACGAGAGCUCUGAACGCUGACUGUAUGACUCCCCACGGAACCAUCCUCCACCAAACACUAGACUUUGAUGAGUUUAUUCCUCCCAUUCCCCCACCGCCUUACUACCCCCCUGAGUACACCUGUACACCCUCAAUGGAUGGACUGAGAGGCCUACACCUGGACUUCCCUCACUCUCCCUUCAGUGCUAUUUAUGGUGUGCCCAUCAACAGCCCUGGGACGCUCUACCCGACUGACCUGCCCCCUCCGUAUGAGUCUGUGGUAGGGCAGACCCCUGCGAGCCAGGUCACCACCAGCAUGGAGCAACAGGGCACCGAAUCCAGUCUAUGUGACAGAAACACAACGGCAGGGCUGAGUACUCAGGCCUCAGUGGACAGUGCAUCCCUGAUGGUGUCAGAAGUUGCCGAUCAGGACCACACCUGCUCCUCGGAGGACUUGUGUUCCCUGGAGGUCCAAGGCUCGGACUCCUCUCCCUACAGCACACCUCACACCGCACUGACGGAUGGAAGCUGCACCAGCCUGGAGCUUUGCACACGCGCACGAUGCCACCACGGCCUGUCUAACACGGCUGCUCGCCCCAGUGACACGGGCUUCAGUGAGUCCUCGCACACCCAGGAGUCUCUUGAACGCUCUCCAGACUGGUCCUCGGAAAACUACAGUAAUCUGGACCAGGAGGAUUCUGCAGAUCACCCACGUGCAUGUGAGGAACUCAGGCCUUCCAUGCACCUUUGUGAUGAGCUCGCAUCCGCCAAGCAUUUGCCAGAGGAGCCGCCGAAAGCGUCACCGCAUUCGCUCAUUAAAGCGCGGAUGAUGACCCGGAAGCUCCCGCUUGCCGUGGCUCUCCCGCCGCCUCCUCAGCCUUGCUCCCCCACCUCAGUGGCCUCCUCUGGUGGAACCUCAGCCAUCAGUCCCCUAGCUCCCUCUCCUUCCCCAUCCCCUCCUAGCAGGCUACGAGGCCCCCGUCUGUGCUUCAGUGUUUGGUCACCCUCCUCCGCUCCACAGCCACCUUCUACCUCAUCUCAAAGUGGAUGUUCACCCUCAGAGAGACCGAGGGUGCUCCGUGCAGCCAGGAAGUACCGCAAGCUGGCACGCAUUGUCCGCUCCACCAGUGACCCUAUCUCCUGCUCCUCUAACACUGGAAGGGAACAUUGUGUCUCCAGCUCUUCAAUUAAUCCGUCAGUUGAAGGUUCAGCUCAUACGUCACCAGAGCAAGAGCAAUCAGGCAUUUCAACAGAUGGAGCCAAACCCGGUUGUGCCAAGAAGCAGCAAAAAGAGGGCAAAAAAGCAGACCUCCACCUUAAAAGCAGAGCCCAGCAAGUGCGGCCCCCCCACCGUGAGCAACCGCAAUCACUGGCCGACCUUAAAAUGUUUAAAGACACUAAAAUAUUAGUGGCCAAAUUCCUGGAGCAUUCAAGCUGCAAUUUACCGCCUGAGGUCCAGCAAGUUGUCAACAAUAUCAAGUGCGUCAUCAAGUCCGACGAGAAACACAUGGAGGAGGCCAUAUUUAGUGCCAACGUCAUAGAUCAGGUGAUGACUCAGCGCAUCAACGGCAGUCCCAGGAAACGUGGGCAAGAGGAUCUUCACCUUCAAAGCUGCGGUGCUUUGAGUUCAUCCCCGUCCCCUUCCAUGCGCCGUCCCAAACACCUCCCACAAACCAGCAGCACCUCUCCCGACGCCCUGGACUCCCCUUCCUUUGAACAAAGCCUCGAGUGCAGGGAAACUAUUCUCUGACCACGAUCUUCACAAGGACCUUGGUCAAAGCUGUGAGGGCAUUCCGAAGUGCUCGUGCUGCAGCCACGCUUUGCUGUGCACUAACGCAUAAGCGGCCAGGCAUCGCGACGUCACUGCAAAGGGAAAUGAUCUCCAGCUACAUCCCCCGUGGGCAGUCAUCAGCAGAAACGGUAGCAAACUCAGACUGAGCCUGCCUGGCUGUAGUGGCUUUGUUGUCAUCAGAAAAUAGAAUAGAAUGUUUCUCCCUCAGGAGAUUUUUUUUUAUACUGACUUUCAUGGAAAUGAAACACACAGAGUGUAAGCUGGGAUCUGUCAAUCACAGACAAAGGAUAUUGUGAUACUGGUAAUCUUCUUGUCCUGGAGUGAAGCGGGAAUAAAAAUAUAUUUCUAUUCAACUGUGAAUUGAAGGCAAUGGGUUUUACGCGCCAUUGAAUUUGUGGUUACUGAUGAGGUCGUGAAUAUUUUGUGGUGCCACCGGUUGGAGAACCUUACGGACGUUUUAACUUACCUCAUUGUGUUACGUUUCUUAUCAGUGUUCAAUAAAACAUGAGUUUGUAUCUUUUUUGGUGUUGUUAUUCCAGCUGGAGUUCUUGACCAGAUAUCCCGUAUAAAUCCACAUCUGAGGAACUACGGGCGCGUCAAACAUCCAAUCUCAAUGAGACGAAGCCUAGAAAAAUUCUCAUUCAUCUUUCAUUGUAUUCUAUAACUGGACUGUUCAGGGGUUGUCUUAGAAGCCUCUCAGACUUCAUCAGUUCACCGAGCUGUCCUAUCUAGUAUUUGAGCAUGAACAAGUAAAGCUGGCUCAUAUCAGUGCACCUGCGAUCGAUCCAAUGCCCUUAUGACACUUCUAGUCUCGCUAGCUCUUCAGACUAAAGCUGUCCUAUCUAGUCUUUGAGCAUGAGCUAAUGACGCUUGCUCGGAUGGGAGGCAGAACGUCUUUUAAGACAACCUGAUCAAUCCAGUUGUGAUGCAGUCAGUGUCCUGAGAAUACAAUGACCAAAGAUUAGAGAGGACAGCUCUAGGUUGACAAGCUGGAGAGAAGACUAGAGCUGUCCUAUCUAGUCAUUGAGUAUGAACUGAUGAUUACAUUUUCCAGUGUUGUUAAAAAUGUUAUGUCGCAGUGCACUCACACUGAGCAUGCUUCAGUCUGUUUAC